AUGCCACUAGAUCACCUCCCCUUCAUGCUAACACCCACGAAACUUCCCGCUAUAGUCAGUGGAAACGCUUCUUCCGCCACCAACAUCCCCGGCGUGCUUCUACUCAUCCUCGUCACCAGUCUGGCAGUCGUUGGAGUGAAUGUUGUGGGGUUUGUUAUUGGAGUGGUUGGGUGUAUGGGUUGGGACGCUGUGAGUGGAGGAGGAAGUAGAGAUGGUAACGUUACCCCGGAGAGUCAGGAUGGUAUCGAUGAUUAUACCGGGGAUAGAAGGAGUGCUGUGGUAUCUUCGGGUAUCGUUAAAGUACGUGGAGACACUGCAUAG